AUGAAACAGACUGAGACUUCUGUAAGGUUUUAUCAGGGCCAACUGAGUCUGCGGCUGACGAGUGGCCCAAGCCCCUGCUCCGGGCGAGUGGAGGUGCUGAUUAACAACACCUGGAGUGCCGUGUGUGACGCCGGCUGGGGCCUGCCGGAGGCGGGGGUGGUGUGCAAGCAGCUGGGCUGCGGCCCGGCGCUGUCAGCCCCGGGGGCUGCUCAGUUUGGCCAUGGGGCCGGCGACGUCUGGCUGGAGGGCGUGAGCUGCUCGGGUCAGGAGUCCCUCAUCAGCGAGUGCCAGCUGAGCCGGCUGGGUCCCGGGCAGUGUGGCCAUGGCUCCGAGGCCAGCGUGGUGUGUGCCGGGCAGGCCGACUCUGGGCUGCUCUUGUCCCUGCUCCUCGGCCUGGGGGCUGUCGUGGUGCUGAUCUUCGUGGCCCUGCUCUGCUGGAGGAUGCGGCGGGACGGAGCCGCUGGGAACCCCCGGGGCCAUGUGCACCUGAAGGAGCUGAGGGCUCCAGGGACCCCACCCCGGUCCCAGGGAGCGGCAAAUCCAGAGCCCUCCCAGGAGCCCGACAGCCAGAUGACCUGGCUGGUGAGGGAAGACAUGGUGCUGUGA